UCGCCGUUUAGCUCGGGUCUGCGCAUGCUCCCAUUUAGCAGUCGUAACUUCCGGCGUGUGUACGUGCAGCCGCCAUAUUUCAGUUCUUCAAGGGUAACCGGACGCAUCAGGACAGUCGACAUGUACCGGUUCACUAAAGCCGCCGUGAACAUCUCCGGUCUGGCCGCGAGGCAGGCGAGGCAGGCGAGGAACGGAUCCACCGCCCCAGACUUCCACGCCAAGUACGGCAACGGCCUGAUGGUCGGAGGCACCGUCUUCUGCACGGCCGUGUGGGCAUACGUGCUGACUCAGACCGGCAUCACCUGGAACAUGUCACCUGUUGGGAAGGUGAUGCCCCAGCAGUGGAGAGAGGCCGAGGAGUGAAGAGCCGCCAUGACUCCCACCUAACAACAAUAAACCUUCUUGUACAGAUGAAUGAAGCCUGUUUGUUCCAACAUGUUACUGUGUGCAAAUAAAUUCAAGUGUGAUUUCACUGAUCACUUUGUUCUUUUGA